CCUCUCACUCUCGCCGCCGCGCAGUGGAGCCGGGGCCAUCAGAUCGCGGAGCGCGGGGACCAGGCGGACUGGGUCUAUGGUCGCUCCGCGGGCCGGUCCACCGGCUGGUGCUUUUCUGUCAGGGCAAGCUGUGUUCCAUGGCAGGAAACUUUUGGCAGAGCUCCCACUAUUUACAAUGGAUUUUGGAUAAACAAGACCUAUUGAAGGAACGCCAAAAGGACUUAAAAUUUCUCUCGGAAGAAGAAUAUUGGAAGUUACAAAUAUUUUUCACAAAUGUUAUCCAGGCAUUAGGUGAACAUCUUAAAUUAAGACAACAAGUUAUUGCCACUGCUACAGUAUAUUUCAAGAGAUUCUAUGCCAGGUAUUCUCUGAAAAGUAUAGAUCCUGUAUUAAUGGCUCCUACAUGUGUGUUUUUAGCAUCCAAAGUUGAGGAAUUUGGAGUAGUCUCAAAUACAAGAUUGAUUGCUGCUGCUACUUCUGUAUUAAAGACUAGAUUUUCGUACGCCUUUCCAAAGGAAUUUCCUUAUAGGAUGAACCAUAUACUAGAAUGUGAAUUCUAUCUUUUAGAACUAAUGGAUUGUUGCUUGAUAGUGUAUCAUCCUUAUAGACCUUUGCUCCAGUAUGUGCAGGACAUGGGCCAAGAGGACAUGUUGCUUCCCCUUGCAUGGAGGAUAGUGAAUGAUACCUACAGGACGGAUCUUUGCCUACUAUAUCCUCCUUUCAUGAUAGCUUUAGCUUGCCUACAUGUGGCCUGUGUUGUACAGCAGAAAGAUGCCAGGCAGUGGUUUGCUGAGCUUUCUGUGGAUAUGGAGAAGAUUUUGGAAAUAAUCAGGGUUAUUUUAAAACUAUAUGAACAGUGGAAGAAUUUUGAUGAGAGAAAAGAGAUGGCAACUAUUCUUAGUAAGAUGCCAAAACCAAAACCUCCUCCAAACAGAAAUUCCCUGAGUGAUUCUCCACUAGUGGCAGGGCCUGAAGCUGCAAGAUGAUGAUGGACAAGAUAAGGCAAUAAUCCUAUUGCCACAGUUACUGUGAAGGAGAGCAGGGUCCAAAUGGAAGUCAGAACUCUAGCUACAGCCAAUCUUAAAACAUUCCGAAGAAUUUCAUAGUGGACCAGUUGGAAAUAAAGCCAUUGGACAGAUUUCAAUAAUGUCUUCAAUGGAACACAAACGAAAAUGAAUAGCUUGUUUCUGUCAAGCAUAUUGGGAAGUGAUCUUAUUUUUGCAAAAUAAGUUUUUCCUUAUCUAAUUUGAUUCUAGUACAUAAUUGAUUAAAAUCUCUUGAUUAUAAAGUUUGGAAAGGUUCUGAGGGGACCUAUAUAGAUAGAAAGACAUAGACAGGUUGUGAUUAGUAUAAUUAUUUUAGUUUGGUUUAGUUUAGAAUUGAAAAAUUCAGCUUUUCAUUAAGCCAGGAAAUAAUUUGUUGAAAAUUCUCUUGGGUCAUUAAAGGGACCAAAAAGGACAUUAAGAUACCAAGUAUAUGAGAUUUUUUUCCCCCUCCCUUUUAAGUUUGGAAUUAUAUUUAAGGGAUCAAGUCUUAACAAAAUCAUAGUAGAUUUGAGUAAUGGCAUUAAUAAUUUCAGGGAAAUUAAUCAAGUAUCUAUUAAUUUUAAAGUGUAUUUUAUUCAGUUCUUUUGGUAUCUUGCCAUGGAAGAUAUUAGCCCAGCCUAGCAGAAAAGUGCAAUAUGUAUAGCAUGCUUUGACCUUUUAAUUCCAUAACCAUUUUUGAUAUGCUGGGCAAAAUUUCUUUUAAUUCUCUAUAAAGUUAUUUGCAAUUAAUUUAUAGUUAAUCAGGCAUUUUGAAAGCUAAUUGGAUAAAACAUAAUGUGGCUGAAAUUUGGUAACAAUUUAAUGUUACUUCUUGUUCUACUGUGAAAAGUUUUUAUAUGACAUACACAUCCUAUUUUAUUUUUGUCUCAUUAUGGAUUUACAAAUUACUUUAGAUAUCCUGAGCCAGGAACACAAUCAGGUCAGGUCAGUUUGAUACUGACUAUUCUUAAUUCUCAUUUAUGAGUGUAGGAUUUAAGACAAUGUUAUGUUGAUGGGACUGCUAUCUGUGGAACUUAAUGAAUUAAUCAUUUUCUUCAGACUUGAAGGAGAGUGAUAACUAAAAUUUGGAGUCAUUGGAUAUUGCUGUAUACCUUAAGGGUUAUAGUUUUUUAAUAAAUCAUUUGUGAACAUUGAAUUAUUAAAUGUUGACUUCCUAGUAUAAAACUUAAAGAAUAAAAUUAAAUUCUCCAGCUGUA